UUUUAACCUUUUAUUUAAAACUGUUUUACUUUUUUUCCCCAGUGUGGUGUUUGGUACGUACUAAAUAUCUACAUUAUACAAAAAAUGUGUCAGAACCUCAAUUCAUGUUACAGGUAUAUUAUUUUGUUCAAACAAAAGUACUGUUUUGUAUAUUUGUGGUAUCCAACAUAUAAACAAUUGGACACUAAAAAUUAAUUUGCAUGUCAAUUACUUGGAGUUAGGGACUCUAUGAUAUAUAUUAACCUCUGUUCAAAUGUAUUAGAAUCUUAUAUAUCUGGAAUAUUGGAUUUGAUCUGAGCUCAGCUGAAUGGAAGACAUGUAUGUCUUUGCUGAGAAUAGAGGAAGAACACCUCUUUUUUAGGAGGAAGACUAGGAGAGAAAAGAUUUAGUGAUGGCAGAGAAAUUCUGAGUUGAAGAGGAUGGGAAACACAACAUAUGUAGAUGGGUUGGAAUCUAGAAAUUAUGUAAUGGAAUUUGUAAAGUUACUGGGACUGUACCUGCUUCCUCCUCUGGUGGUGGAGGGAGACCUCACCUGGUCAGAUGAAGUCAGUAGACACGUGCAUGCCUUAGACAAGGAAGUGGUUCAGGCUUCUGGAGCUCAACACAAGGCUCAGUUGUAGAACCCGUACAGUUCAAGAGUUUAUCUCCGGGAGCUCUGGCAGCAGAAAAAAAGGAACUUCACUGGAGUAAAAUGGAGGCCUCAGUAAUAUUACCCAUUCUGAAGAAGAAACUAGCCUUCCUUUCAGGAGGAAAGGACAGACGAAGUGGCCUCAUUCUGACAAUUCCAUUAUGCCUUGAACAGACAAAUAUGGAUGAGCUGAGUGUCACCUUAGACUACCUCCUCAGCAUUCCAAGUGAAAAGUGUAAGGCUAGAGGAUUCACCGUGAUCGUGGAUGGCAGGAAAUCACAAUGGAAUGUGGUAAAAACAGUGGUCUUAAUGCUACAGAAUGUUGUUCCAGCUGAGGUGUCCCUUGUUUGUGUAGUGAAACCAGAUGAAUUCUGGGAUAAGAAAGUAACACAUUUCUGUUUUUGGAAAGAAAAGGAUAGACUUGGCUUUGAGGUUAUUUUAGUGUCUGCCAAUAAGUUGACUCGUUAUAUAGAACCAUGCCAGUUAACAGAAGAUUUUGGUGGGAGUCUCACCUAUGAUCACAUGGACUGGUUAAAUAAGAGGCUGGUUUUUGAGAAGUUUACAAAGGAAUCUACAUCAUUAUUGGAUGAACUUGCUUUGAUUAACAAUGGAAGUGAUAAAGGAAAUCAGCAAGAAAAAGAAAGGUCUGUGGAUUUAAACUUUCUUCCAUCAGUUGAUCCUGAAACAGUUCUUCAGACAGGGCAUGAAUUGUUAUCCGAAUUACAGCAGCGUCGAUUUAAUGGCUCAGAUGGAGGGGUCUCCUGGUCUCCUAUGGAUGAUGAACUGCUUGCACAGCCGCAGGUUAUGAAAUUAUUAGAUUCACUCCGAGAGCAAUAUACCCGCUACCAGGAGGUUUGCAGGCAACGUAGUAAGCGCACACAGUUAGAAGAGAUUCAACAGAAGGUGAUGCAGGUCGUGAACUGGCUUGAAGGGCCUGGAUCAGAACAGCUAAGAGCCCAGUGGGGGAUUGGUGACUCCAUCAGGGCUUCCCAGGCCCUGCAGCAGAAGCACGAGGAGAUCGAGAGCCAGCACAGUGAAUGGUUUGCUGUAUAUGUGGAGCUUAAUCAGCAAAUUGCAGCGCUCUUGAAUGCUGGGGAUGAGGAAGAUCUUGUGGAACUCAAGUCGCUACAGCAACAGCUUAGUGAUGUUUGCUAUCGGCAGGCCAGCCAGCUGGAAUUUAGGCAAAAUCUCUUACAGGCAGCUCUUGAAUUUCAUGGUGUUGCCCAGGAUUUGUCUCAGCAGUUGGAUGGCUUAUUAGGGAUGUUGUGCGUAGAUGUAGCACCAGCUGAUGGAGCAUCGAUUCAGCAAACUUUAAAACUGCUUGAAGAGAAGCUGAAAAGUGUUGAUGUGGGAUUGCAAGGUUUGCGUGAAAAAGGUCAAGGUCUCCUGGAUCAGAUCUCCAAUCAGGCAUCCUGGGCUUACGGAAAGGACGUAACCAUUGAAAACAAAGAAAAUGUGGACCACAUACAAGGAGUGAUGGAAGAUAUGCAACUUAGGAAACAAAGAUGUGAAGAUAUGGUAGAUGUGCGAAGGUUAAAGAUGCUUCAGAUGGUGCAGUUAUUUAAAUGUGAAGAAGAUGCUGCCCAGGCUGUGGAAUGGCUAAGUGAACUUCUGGAUGCUCUGCUUAAGACCCACAUCAGAUUGGGCGAUGAUGCUCAAGAAACGAAAGUUUUGCUGGAAAAGCAUAGAAAAUUUGUUGAUGUUGCACAGAGCACUUAUGACUAUGGUAGGCAGUUGCUACAGGCCACAGUUGUGUUGUGCCAAUCUUUGCGCUGCACUUCUCGAUCAUCUGGGGAUACACUUCCUCGACUAAACAGAGUAUGGAAACAAUUUACAAUAGCAUCUGAAGAGAGAGUGCAUAGGUUGGAAAUGGCUAUUGCAUUUCACUCUAAUGCUGAAAAGGUUUUGCAAGACUGUCCGGAAGAGCCUGAAGCUAUUAAUGAUGAGGAGCAAUUUGAUGAAAUUGAAGCAGUUGGGAAAUCACUUUUGGAUAGAUUAACUGUUCCUGUAGUUUAUCCUGAUGGAACCGAGCAAUAUUUUGGGAGUCCAAGUGACAUGGCUUCUACUGCAGAACACAUCAGAGACAGGAUGAAACUAGUUAGUCUCAAAAGGCAGCAGCUGAGACAUCCUGAAAUGGUGACCACAGAGAGCUAAUAGCUACCAGCUUCCCCCAGCUCUGCAGUUCGUAAUCCCGCAUGUCGUCGGCAUACUACAGCAUUAGCCACCAUACAUUAAGAUGCAUUUCACAGCCAGGAUAAGACUCACUUCUUUUCAUGACACAUUGCUCUCUACUCGUUAACACCUUGCAACUACCAAGGCAUAAUUAUUUAACAUGCUUUGAGACCAUAGACUCCCAGAUAUCUUAAAAAAAGGAACUAUAAACAUUGCACUGAAAACUUGCAUUAAAGCUUUACCUGACCUGUCAGUUUGUAGAUGAACAACUGAUAAUAAGCUUUGAAUGGUGCUAAUAAGAGUUUAGGAAUUCUCUAUAUAAAAAAAUGGUUGCCCUUCCUCCCCAGGUGAUGCGAUAAAUUUAGACUGUAGUUAAACUGUUAUUAGUAGACAGUGGUGUCCUCCACAUUUUACUUUGUAAUUUUUCUUCAAAAUUGAUUGUUUUUAUUGUGUCAAUAUGGAGAAAACCCUUCAGAUCUUUGAUAUAUCAUAUUCAUUAAAAGACAUUUUCCUAUUUGUAUUGAUAAUGUAUUAAAAGUUGUCUGUGCUUAAUAAAAGGCUUCUUUAAACAUCUUAUUUAAUUUGGUAGUUAUAUCCUAUUUCCAAACAUGAGUGCCUUAUUUAAAAGGGCAUUCUUAGGAUUGGAAGGGUGGUUUAAUAUUUGUUUUUUCAUGGUGGUUGCAUGUAUUUUAGCCAGGAAAUGUAUAUGUAAGCAUGUGUAUAUAAUAAAUAAGCAUGUUUUAUUAAGAAAAAUAAUUGUGAAGAACAAUUUAGAUCUUUAAGAACUUAUGAAUAACGAAUAUUAUCAAAAUUAUUUACUACCCUGAAGAUACUUUCUCACUGGGGGAGGAGGGCUGAGGAAGAAGGCAUACAUAAUUACUUCAGUGUAAUCCUUUAUAUCAGAGUAAUCUUUCUGGAGCUAAAAUAGUAAUUGUUAAUAAAAUUUAAUUUCUCAUGAUAGACUAGAAGUAAAAAAAAUUCUGAAGUAGUCCAACAACAAAAACUGUAUGACUCCUUUAGAAAUAAAAUUUAUCAUAAAAUGUUAGUGCUUUUAAGUUUGUAUUAAGUUUAAAUGAUAAAAUGCAUAUAAUUUAAUUUUUGUGUAUUUUUAUUUCAGAAAAAUUUUUUAAAAGAUUAAAACUAAUUUUUUAGGCUUCUAAUCAAUACAAAAUUAUGCAAAGAAUUAUAUGCUGUAUUAUUCCUUUUCAUGGUCUACAAACGUGCUCAUGUAUCCUCCAAUGCAAAAAAAAAAAAAAAA